CUCAAGCCUGCGAACUAUUACGGUUUAUUACACUACUAAGUCCUCAGCUUGUAGCGUGCGAUCAUAGCCGCAGCCAUGGUUUUCACAUCCCCAAGUCCUGCGGUGUUACCGCCUAUUCCUGACAAUAUUCCAAUCAGCGAGUUCAUGCUCACAGACGCCAAUGGCCGCUAUCCUCUAUCCAAAGCACGACACCCAUUUACCUGUGGCCUCACCGGAAAGACAUACUCGGCGCUCGAGGUCAAGGACAGGGUAGAGUAUAUGUCGCGCGGGCUUGCGAAGUUGCUCAAUUGGGAGCCCAAUGGGGGUUCCGAAUGGGAUAAGACACUUGUUAUCUUUAGCUUGAACACAAUCGACUCGAUUCCUUUGGGUUGGGCGACGCACGAGCUUGGCGGGAUUGUUUCUCCCGCCAAUGCCGCCUACUCCGCAGAUGAGCUGAAGCACCAACUACUCGAUUCAAAAGCAAAGGCUAUGUUCACUUGCGUUCCGCUUCUCCCCACGGCUCUGAAAGCGGCAUCUGCGGCAGGGCUACCUAAAGACCGUAUUUAUUUGAUUGAUGUGUUGCCCGGUAGCGGGAAGAUCCCGACGGAAUUUAAGACACUCUCACAGAUCGUCGAGGAAGGAAAGUCUCUUCCGAAGUUGGAGAAGCUCAAAUGGGGGGCAGGCGAGGGCGCGCGUCGAACUGCCUAUCUAUGCUAUUCUAGCGGAACGUCAGGGUUACCUAUGACGGCUUUAGAGAAAUCAUGGCGUGAUACCCGCAAGAAUGCGGACGGCAGCUACUAUAGUGACGUCUUGCUGGGCCUGCUCCCCCAGAGCCAUAUUUACGGACUGGUUGUUAUCUGCCAUGCUGGGACCUUCCGGGGAGAUCAAGUCAUAGUUCUUCCCAAGUUCGAGUUGAGGUCGUGUUUGGCCGCCGUCCAAAGAUUCAAGAUCUCUGUUUUGUUUGUGGUUCCUCCGAUCAUUAUCACUAUGCUUCGGAGCCCAGAAAUAUGCGCUGAGUAUGACCUUAACUCGGCGGUGGCGCUCGUGACUGGGGCGGCACCACUGGGUCAAGAGACCGCUCUCGACUUUCAAAAGAGAUAUCCGAAGGUUGCUAUUCGGCAGGCAUAUGGCCUUACCGAGACAUCAACGGUCGUCACGGCCACACACUUUGAUGACAUCGUGCCUGGGUCUUCCGGUUGGCUUAUCCCCGGCGUAGAGGCACGUAUCGUGACCCCAGAAGGGGAGGAUAUUACCAAGUAUGACACCCCUGGUGAGCUCUGGGUCCGAGCUCCCAGCGUCGUUCUUGGCUAUCUCAACAAUGAGAAAGCUACCAAAGAGACGUUUGGCGAUGGAUGGAUGCAUACCGGUGAUGAAGCCGUGAUUCGGAAGAGCCCCAAGGGCAAUGAACAUGUGUUCAUUGUCGACCGAAUCAAGGAGCUGAUCAAAGUCAAGGGUCACCAAGUCGCUCCAGCCGAGCUUGAAGCGCAUCUCCUCACCCACCCAGCGGUGGCAGAUUGCGCUGUCAUCGCCAUCCCCGAUGACGCUGCCGGUGAGGUACCUAAAGCAAUUGUAUCUAAGUCACCUGAGGCGGGACCAGAUGACGAGGCUACAGUCAAGUCGAUCGUCAAAUAUGUGCAGGAUCAUAAAGCGCGACACAAAUGGCUUAAGGGUGGUGUGAGAUUCAUCGACACUGUUCCCAAGAGCCCUAGCGGAAAGAUCUUGCGACGGCUACUUCGUGACCAGGAGGCGGCUAUGCGCAGACAAGCAGGCUCUAAGCUAUAG